AUGCAAUACGACACAAAUUCUUCUCCUACCAACUUUAAAAUACUUGUGAUUGGUGAAGCUGGUGUCGGUAAAACUUGUUUAUUAACCCGUUUCACUGAAGACAAAUUUGAUGACCAAGAACCUUCUACUUCUACAAACUUUAAAGUAAUUGAUGUUGAUAUUCCUGAAUCAACGAAAAUGAAAAAUAUUAAAUUAGAGAUUUAUGAUACUGCUGGUCAAGAAAGGUUUAGAAUAUUAACCUCUUCAUUUUAUAGAAAGUCGUGUGGUAUCUUUUUAGUAUUUGACCUUACUGAUGAAACUUCAUUUAAAAAUUUAACAAAUUGGGCAAGGGAUAUUACUUAUUACGCUUCUCCAAAAUGUGUUGUUGUUCUUAUUGGAAAUAAGAGUGAUUUAGGAGAUUCUAAAACUCCUAAAGAAGAAGCAGAUGAAUUCGUGAAUGAUAAGUCAUAUAAGAGUUAUUUUAUUUGUUCAGCAAAAACUGGUGAUGGGUGUAAAGAAGCAUUAAAGUGUAUGGCCCUUGAAGUUGCAGAGACAUGUGCAGUAGAUGAUAAUGAUACUGUUCCAUUAGAAAAUAAAAAAGAGCCAAAAAAAUCAAAGUGUUAUCUUUUCUAA